AUGCCAAUUCCAAAGAAAUAUCCAGCAAGACAACAUGCUCUUAAUGUUAAAACUCAUUUGAAAACCAAGAUUCCAAAUCUAUCAAAUCAUGCAUUAUUUUUAAGUGGAUCAAUUCAAGAAUCUGAUAAAUAUAGUGAUUCUGCAAAACCUUUUAAACAAGAACGUUAUUUUUAUUAUUUGUCUGGUUGUAAUAUUCCAGGCUCUCACGUUUUUUAUGAUUUGAACAAAGAGGAAUUGGUUUUAUUCUUGCCAGAAGUUGAUCAAGAUGAUGUUAUGUGGUCAGGAUUGCCAUUAUCAAUAAAAGAAGCUGAAGAAAAAUUCAAUGUUGAUAAAGUUGUUUAUGAAACUGAAAUUGAUUCAUAUCUAACAAAAUAUGAUAUUAAUUUAACUCCAGAUAUCAAUGCAGCCAACAAGCAAUAUAGAAAUUUUUUGGAAAGUGAUGAUAAGAUAUUAUUCUAUGCAUUGGAUGAAUCAAGAUUGAUUAAAGAUGAUUAUGAAAUUGCAUUAAUGAGAAAAGCUGCCAAAAUAACAGAUAAUUGUCAUUUAGCAGUCAUGUCUGCAUUACCUAUUGAAACCAAUGAAACUCAUAUCCAUGCAGAAUUUGUUUAUCAUGCAAUUCGUCAAGGUUCAAAACAUCAAGCUUAUGAUCCAAUUUGUUGUUCUGGUCCAAACUGUGGUACUUUACAUUAUGUUAAAAAUGAUGAUGAGUUAGGUACAAAGCAAAGUAUCUUGAUUGAUGCAGGUGCAGAAUGGGAAAAUUAUGCAAGUGAUGUUACAAGAUGUUUCCCAAUCACUGGUGAAUGGACUAAAGAACACCUUGAGAUUUAUGAAGCUGUUAGAGAGAUGCAAUUUAAAACUAUGGAAUUGAUUAAACCAGGUGUGGAGUGGGAUGAAUUGCAUUUGUUAGCUCACAAGAUUCUUAUUGAAAAAUUUUUAGAAUUGGGAAUUUUCAAAGGUGAUAAGCAAGAAAUUUGGGAAAGUGGUGUUAGUGCAACUUUCUUCCCUCAUGGUUUAGGUCAUUUAUUAGGUAUGGAUACUCAUGAUGUUGGUGGAUAUCCAAAUUAUGAUGAUGCUGAUGAAAAAUUAAGAUAUUUAAGAUUAAGAAGACCAUUACAAAAGGGAAUGGUUGUUACUGAUGAACCGGGUAUUUAUUUCUCACCAUUCUUAAUUGAAGCAGGCUUUAAAGAUGCUAAUAAGAAGAGAUUCGUUGAUGAACAAGUUAUGAAGAAGUAUUUACCAGUUGGAGGUGUUCGUAUUGAAGAUGAUAUUUUGGUUACAGAAACUGGGUUUGAAAACUUUACUGGUAUCACCAGUGAUCCGACUGAAAUCUCCAAGAUUGUGAAAGAUGGUAUUGCUAAAGGUCGUUCAUACUUCCAUAAUGUUGUAUAA